AUGCUGCUUCUCCUAUUAUUGCUCCUACUGUUAAUCGUCCUGUUUCUUGUUUACGUGAUAUAUUAUCCUCCCUUUUGGUUAAUUCAAUGCUUCCAGCGCCGCUGGCCUGACGUGCUUUGGCAUGUAUCAACAUCGGAAAAGGUGAUUGCACUCACCAUCGAUGAUGCGCCGUCGGUAUACACAACCGAGAUUUUUGAAAUACUCAAAGCGAACGAUGCAAUAGCGACAUUUUUCAUCAUUGGAUCGCAUGUUUCGAGUAUGGAAGAUGAAGGAGACAAGAUCCUUCAGAACUUGAUUCACGGUGGAAACGAGCUUGGUAAUCACGCCAUGUAUGACGAACCAGCGUACAAGCUGCCGGAUGACGAACUCGUGUCGCAAAUUAAUCAAGUGGAUAAAAUCAUCCAAAACGCACAUGAAGCUGCGAAGGGUGUACCGAUAGCGACCGCAGACGAUACUGCAUUUCCGAGAUACUAUCGUCCUGGACAUGGAUGGUACAACGCCAAAAUGCGCAGUAUCGUGAGUCGUCUCAGAUAUAAGCUCGUUAUAGGGGAUGUGUAUCCCCACGAUCCUCAAAUACCAUUCGCAAGAGUCAACGCGGCGCAUAUUCUUCGCAUGGCGCGACCUGGAGGAAUCAUCAUCUGUCAUGAUGGACGACCGUGGACGCUGCCUAUGCUGAGAAGUGUUCUUCCAAAGUUGAAGCGGAGGGGUUACAGGAUUGUGAAUGUUACAGAAUUGCUUAAAUAUGCAGAUUCGUAG